AUGUUUUCACGACCAGCUUGUUUACAGGGUCGUCGCACCCGCAAUGGCUCUGGCGAUGACUUCUCUACAUUCCCAAUCCGGCAGCUAUUCGUGUUAGCACUCGUCCGAAUCUGUGAACCAAUUGCUUUCAUGUCAAUUUUCCCAUACGUGUAUCACAUGGUCGAAUCAUUCCAUGUGACGGAUAACGACCGCCAGAUCGCACUGUACGCUGGCAUGAUCACCUCCUCAUUCACCUUUGCUGAGUUUUCGGCGGGCAUGUUCUGGGGCCGCAUGAGUGAUCGGAUUGGUCGUAAGCCAGUCCUCAUCAUGGGCCUCGUGGGCACGGCCAUCAGCAUGGUGGUAUUCGGAUUUGCGCCCAACCUGGCCACGGCGAUGAUUGCGCGCGCCCUGGGCGGCAUGUUGAAUGGAAAUAUCGGAGUUCUCCAGACGACGGUUGCGGAGAUUGUGACGAAGAAAGAGCACCAGCCACGAGCUUAUUCGAUUAUGCCUUUCGUGUGGUGUUUGGGAUCGAUCAUUGGACCGGCUAUGGGCGGCGCUUUGGCCCAACCCUGCGACAACUACCCGGCGCUCUUCGCGCGCAGCACGCUGUGGGAUAAAUUUCCGUUCCUGCUGCCCAACCUCGUCUGCAUCACCGUGCUGGUUUGCGGAAUUGUGGUCGGUUUCCUGUUUUUGGAGGAGACGCACCCGGAGAAGAAGCACCGUCGUGACCCCGGCCUUGAACUCGGCCACUGGUUGGUCAAUCUGUGCUGGGGCUCGCGCGUGCAGCUUCCCGAUGAUUCCGACGUCAAGGAAAAGUACUUUGAUGCACCGCCUGGAUAUGAAACUGCUGAAUCAUCGCCUUGCCUGCGUCCUGUCGAUGGCAUUUCGGCCGAUUGUGACUUGGAGGGGCAGAAGGGCCCUGCGCCCAAGGCCUUUACCCGACAAGUCAUCCUCGCUAUAGUUGCUUACGGCAUUCUUGCAUACCACAGUGUUUCCUUUGAUCAGCUGAUGCCAGUCUUACUGAGCACACCAAGAUCCGAUGACGACGUAGUGCUACCCCUCAAGUUUACCGGCGGCCUGGGAAUGGCCACGAAGACCAUCGGGUUUAUGCUCGCCGUGCAAGGCGUGUACUCGAUGAUCGCCCAACUGUGGCUGUUCCCAUUUGUCGUCAAGCACUUUGGUACUCUGCGCACCUUCCGCUUCGUUUUGUUUGUAUGGCCCCCUCUCUACCUGGCUGUACCCUACCUAGUUCUUCUUCCGGCCAAGCUCCAAGUGCUUGCCGUCUAUGUGUCCUUGAUCAGCAAGAUCACAUUCCAUGUCAUCGCUUUCCCAGCCACUGCUAUCCUCUUGGCCAAUGCCGCCCCGUCUUCUAAGGUGCUGGGAUCUAUCAACGGCGUUGCCGCCUCAACUGCGAGUCUCAGCCGAGCCUUUGGUCCGACCAUCACCGGUCUACUCCACUCCAAGGGUCUCGAUAGUGGAUACUCCGUGCUGGCCUGGUGGGCAUGCGGUCUUGUCUGCCUGAUCGGCGCCAUCCAAAGUUUCUGGAUGGAGGAAUCUCCGGAGCCUGAGCGCUUCAAGACUCGCCAGUCUGAGGUCAGCGAGUCAGAGAUGAAGCGUGAAGCGCUCUCGGACUUCGGAGCCCAGGAUCAGGACUCUGGCGAGUUGCCAGAGGAAGAGCAGCGGUUGCUUUCCUUGCGCUCUAGUGUCGACCAUGACUUUGACAUUUCGCAACUCAACUUGAAUGCUGUCGACAACUCCCCCAAGCCCCAAGGCAUUGUCGCCCACGAUACCAAUGUCUAA